ACAUGCACCUCCUUCCCCAGCCAUCAGUCUCCGUCUUCCCCGCUGUAGCAUUCAUGGCUCAUAUCCUCUAGAUACUUCUUUCGGAAAAAUAGGCCGAGACUUCACAGUAUGCACACUGGAUCGAGAGCGAUAUCGGUACUGGGAUCCCAGCCAUCCGACGGCGGGCCCUAUCCGACAGCCUUGGCCCGUAGCCUCACAAACGGAUGACGAACCGGUGGUUCUCAAGGCUUCCUACUGGCCCGGAUGAGAGACUACACGUCUGCCGGGAAUAACAAGCACAUCAAUCCCCCACUUCUGUGGUGUUCAGGCCUUUGGCUUGGAUCAUCACAUACACCACACGUACGCUAGGGCUGGCUUGGACCUCUCUCACGGACAUUCCCGGUCGACUCUUUACUCCUCCAUGGAUAAUGGAUCAGUUGAGGUUUUCUAUUAUUCUGGGAGAAAUCUUUACAUCGAUUUUACUAGUUUGGUGUACCGGGAAUAAUACACAACCACCAUGCCUUCGUUUCUGACUGUGCCGCAAACCCCGCGAGCAAAGACGAGAUUUGAGGAUAGUGAUGAUGAUUCUAUUGAUGAGCUCCCCAUGGAGGAGCUAGACGGCUACAAGUCCCCGUCACCAUUAUUGACCCCUCCCGUCCCGAGGUCACUCUCGGCCAGCCCAGCUUCCCAGUAUGGGCGGCUAUCACCAUGUCCAAGGGCCUUGUCACCGGUGCCAUACCAGAAUCCACGGGCAUGGAAGGCAUCGUUUGCACAAAGCUUGCAGCAGAUCUGGGGUAAAAAUCGGGGUGUCAUUUUGGUGGCCGUCUCACAGCUCUUUGGAGCCCUCAUGAAUCUGUCUGCGAGGCUGCUGGAGUUAGAGGCGGGGAUGCACCCGUUCCAGAUCCUCUUCGUACGCAUGAGCUCAACGACGUUGCUAUCUUGCCUGUACAUGUGGUGGAACAAGGUCCCUCAUUUCCCCUUGGGCCCUAAGGGAGUCCGAUGGGUGUUAGUUUUGAGAGGCGUGACUGGGUUCUUCGGCAUUUACGGGAUGUGGUACUCCAUGAUGUACCUCCCGCUGGCCGAGGCCACAGUGAUCACUUUUCUGGCCCCCAGCGUGGCAGGGUACAUCUGCCAUGUACUCCUCAAGGACCCGUACACACGUACAGAGCAGAUUGCCUCGUUCAUCGCCCUGGCGGGGGUAGUUCUUAUCGCCAGACCAACUUCACUCUUCGGAAGCCAAGACAGCAACGACCACCAACCCGUCCCGCCAACUACCGUCCCGGCCUCCGCGAACCUCACCUCCCCCCAUGUCCCAAUGAGCCCCGAACCCACCCCGGCCCAGCGCCUCUCUGCAAUCCUAGUCGCCCUGGUGGGUGUGCUGGGCGCCGCAGGGGCCUUCACGACGAUCCGCAUCAUCGGGACGCGUGCGCACGCGCUCAUCACGGUGAACUACUUUUCGGCGUGGAGCACGGUGGUGUCGACGGCGGCGCUGCUGCUGGGGCCGGCGCUGGGGAUCGGCCAGCCGGGCGUCAGCUUCGCGGGCCUAAUCCCGGAAUCGGCCUACCACUGGCUGCUUCUGCUGGCGCUGGGCGCGUGCGGCUUCAUCAUGCAGUUCAUGAUGACGGCCGGCAUCGGCGGGGACCGGGCCAAGUCGAACCGCGCCACGGCCAUGGUGUACACGCACAUGCUCUUUGCGGCGGGGUUUGAUCGGUUUGUGUUUGGCCACCGGAUGGGCGUGAUCAGUUUGGUAGGUUGUGGGUUGGUUGUGGGCAGUGCGGUUUGGGCUGCGCUAGGGAAGAAGGAGGGUAAAUCGGGAGGGGAAAGGGCGGAUGUGGAAAGGGCUGUACGGCAGGGGGAAAGGGGGGAGGAAGGGACACCUAUGCUGGUAGAGGAGGCGGGUGAAGAGGAGGACGGCGGGAUGGAGCUGGAGAGGGUUAGGUAGGGACUCGGGAUGUUGGACGACGGACUAUACGGUAUUGGCCUGGGUAAAGAAUGUGCAGGAGUUUUGGAGUUUGAGAUAAUGAAUGGGGGUUAAAAAGACAAGGCAUAUGAGAAUGGAAGAGACAGGACAAACACUGGCUGGCGUCCUUUGUUGACCCGAGGGAGAUAAACGGUAUUGGAAUUUUUACUGCAUUGAGGGAAGGCAUUCCAUGGAGCAGGCAAUCCCCGAUACUGCGAUUCGCAUCUGUCAAUACCGUAGGGGGAACAUUGAGGAAGACAGGGAGAAAGGGGCGCAUCACAUCCCAUCUACUCCGCGAAUACAAUUGGAUAAAAUGCCACAAGUUAGACAUAGAAUAGAAAUAGCUGAAAUGUUC